AUCAUCCCCAUCUUCCCCAUCCAGUCCUCCUAUAUUACGUCCACAGCCUCACUAGAUCCGCUCGAUUGUUAUUCUCUCACCCUUCUGUAUCCGAGUAAAAUCCAGUUGGUAGCGCUUCAAUUCAUCUCACCCUAUCCAUUCACCCCUUCCGUUCAGAACCUUCACGAUGGGCAAGAAGCAAGCCUCGCCCGCCUAUGUCCUGGGCGUGGGAAUGACCAAGUUCAUCAAACCCCGGGGCAAGGUAGACUACCAUGAACUCGGAUUCGAGGCCGGCGUGAAGGCCAUGUUGGAUGCCCACAUCAACUACGACGACGUUGAGCAAGGCGUUGCCUGCUACGUGUACGGUGACAGCACCUGCGGCCAGCGCGUCUUCUAUCAGUUCGGCCUCACCCAGAUUCCCAUCUACAAUGUCAACAACAAUUGCUCAACGGGGUCCACCGGACUUGCCAUGGCUCGAACCCUGGUCUCCCAUGGCGCCGCCGACUGCGUGCUCGUCGUGGGCUUCGAAAAGAUGAACCCGGGAAGCCUGCAGUCCGUCUACAACGACCGCGAGAACCCGACCGGUCAGUUUGGAAUGAUGAUGGCGGAUACGAGAGGCGUCACCAACGCCCCGGGGGCCGCGCAGAUGUUUGGAAACGCCGGUCGGGAGUACAAGGAAAAGUAUGGUGCCAAAAAUGAAGACUUCGCCGAGAUCGCACGGGUCAACCAUGAGCAUUCCAAGCGCAACCCUUACUCGCAAUUCCAGCAAGAAUACAGCCUCGAGCAGAUCCUCAAGGCGCCCAUGAUCCAUGAACCCCUUACCAAGCUUCAGUGCUGCCCCACCUCCGACGGCGCGGCCGCAGCCGUCAUCGUUUCGCAGGAAUUCCUGGAUGCUCGCCCGCAUCUCAAGGACCAGGCCAUUCUGAUCGCUGGCCAGCAGCUGGCUACGGAUAACGAGACGGUUUACAACCGCAGUGCCAUCGACCUGAUGGGAUUCGGAAUGGCCCGCAAUGCGUGCCGGGCAGCCAUCAAGGAGGCUGGCGUGAACGUGAAGGAUAUCAAGGUGUGCGAGCUACACGACUGCUUCUCGGCCAACGAGAUGAUCACCAUCGAUGCGCUCGAGCUGUGCGAGCCCGGAAAGGCGCAUGAGAUGGUCCGAAAGGGCAACAUCACCUACGGGGGCAAGAUGGUCAUUAAUCCCUCGGGUGGCUUGAUAUCCAAGGGUCACCCGCUGGGAGCGACCGGGCUGGCGCAAUGUGCGGAGCUGGUAUGGCAUUUGCGUGGUUGGGCGAACAACCGACUGAUCGACGGAACGGACGCCGCCUUACAACACAACCUGGGCCUGGGCGGUGCGGUCGUGGUGACCGUGUAUAAGCGGGCCGACGGCAAGGCCGCCAGUCUCGUCUCGUCCGACGCCGUUGCAAAGAUAACUGGCCUCGGAUAUAACCCGGCGGUCGAAGCCAAGGGGUUCACAGCGCAGCAGGCCCAAACGGUGCGGAGUAAGAAGCAUAGCGACGAAUGGGCGCUGUCGGACACCCAGGAGAGAGUGCUCGCUCGGUUCUAGAUUCCCCAUAGGUGUAUAGGUUUAAAGCCAG